UGAAAAAUAAGUAUAUUUUAUAUGUAACAAAAGUUCUUAAUAUUUGCAUCAUAACCACUUCACAAAUACAACCGAUAUUGCUGGUUGUACCGUAUUGCAUACUUUGUUUUUGUAGAUUGAAAUUUCUAACCUAAUUUGUGAAUAAUUUUAGAAUAUUGUGGUAUUUCAUCUGCAAAUUUUUUUGUAUAUAUUCAAUUUAAAAAAUUCAAAAAUUAUUGGAAUUAUGACUAACAAAUGUCAAACUUCUGGUUGCACAAAAGAUGCGACUUUGCAGUGCCCAACUUGCCUUAAAUUAGGCGUACCAGGUUCAUAUUUUUGUUCACAGCCCUGUUUUAAAAGCUCUUGGAAAGACCACAAAGCUAUACAUGCUUUAGCAGAGGGUAUUUUAAAACCAAAACUCGACGAUGGAAGUUAUAAUCCUUGGCCUCAAUAUCGCUUUACUGGAGAAUUGCGUCCGUUUCCUAAGACACCCAAACGUUUUGUGCCUACAAGUAUUGAAAAACCUGACUAUGCAGAUCAUCCAGAUGGACGUGCUGCUUCAGAAGAAGCAAUGCGGGGUAACACAUCCAUUAAAGUUUUGAAUGAUGAUGAAAUCGAAGCAAUGCGUGUUGCGGGACGAUUAGCUCGAGAAUGCUUGGAUGAAGGUGCUAAAGCCGUUGACGUAGGAGUCACAACUGAUGAGUUGGAUAGAUUGGUGCAUGAAGCUGCGAUCGAACGUGAUUGUUACCCUUCUCCAUUAAACUAUUACAACUUUCCGAAAUCGUGCUGUACUUCAGUAAAUGAAGUUAUAUGCCAUGGUAUACCGGACACAAGAGCUUUAAAAGAUGGUGACAUAUGCAAUAUUGAUGUUACCGUAUAUCAUCACGGGUUCCAUGGAGAUCUUAAUGAAACAUUUUUUGUAGGAAAUGUUUCAGAGAAACAUAAGAAAUUGGUUAAAGUGACCCAUGAAUCAUUAAGUAAAGCGAUUGAAUUGGUUAGACCAGGAGUAAAGUACCGCGAAAUUGGUAAUGUAAUUCAAAAGCAUGUGACACCGCAUGGCUUCAGUGUAGUAAGAAGUUACUGUGGGCAUGGUAUUCACCGGUUGUUUCAUACUGCUCCUAAUGUGCCUCAUUACGCAAAAAAUUCUGCUGUUGGUGUAAUGAAAGCUGGUCAUUGCUUUACUAUCGAACCAAUGAUUUCAGAAGGCGCCGCAAAAAACGAACAGUGGCCUGACGACUGGACUGCAGUUACUAGCGAUGGGUUGUAUUCAGCACAGUUCGAACAAACAUUACUCGUUACGAAUAAUGGUUGUGAAAUAUUGACAAGACGCCGUGAUAAAGACGGACAGCCAUGGUUUAUGGAUAAUAUGUAGACACUGCCAACUAUAUUCGUAACACAAAGAUAUUCAUUGUUUACACUUUAAAACGCUGUUAGAACUGAAUAUUUUAAAUAAAACACGUUUAAGAACUUAAAA